AUGUUUUUAUUUUAUAUCCUUCUAUCCUUUUUACACUUAGUACACUCAAGUGAAAUCUGUAAAUCAUUGCAUGUAAGCACAAAUCUAAAAAAAUCAAAAGAUGAUAUAAUUUCUAAAGGAAUUGCAUCAAAAUAAUGGAAUAGAAAAGCCAGUAAUUUAAUCUUAUUAUUCACAUAGAAAACCCAAUCAUAGUUCCAGCUACUUAAAAUAUAGAUUAUCUUUACAUUACAAGUGAUGAUCCUAAUUUAAGUUUGGAAAACUUCUAAUUAGAUUUUGAUGAUCAUUAUUUUGCUGAUUCGACGACACGUUUAGAUCAUAGACCUAAUGGAUAACAUACAGAAUAUGCUGUUGAAAUUAAUUACAAAUGCAAACAAUAUGGGGGAACUCUUAUCAAUUAUGAAAUGACAUUUUUUGUACCAAAUUGUGGUGAUGCUCAAAUCUAUUGGAAAAAGUUUUGUGGAAAUCCCCUCACAUUAAGAGAAGGAUUUGCAGUAGAUAUGAUUUAUAAAAACUAUAGACAAGAAAUAAUCAAAAACUCAGAAAUCAUUAAUGCUUCAUACUUCGAUUCAGAUUUAGAUAAUUACGUGUUUAAUGUAGCUAGAGACAUUAAUGUUAUCAAAUUUAUUUUACAAAUGAAAUAAUCUAAUCCUACAAAUGAUCCUAUUCCAGAAGGUUUCAUAACUGAUACAGCAACUCUUAAAGCUAUUCCUGAGGUUAAUCUGACCUUACCAUAUGUAGAUAUUGAAAUGGAAAAUGUUACUAAAGCUUGGUUUGAAGGUGAUUUAGUAAAUGGAGGUUUAAUUACUGAAAAAGAAAAUGUUCUUACACUUAAUUUUAAGUGCAUUGGAUUAGGAACAUCAAAGAUUGAAAUUACUUUUCCAUUUCAAUAUUUUAAAGAUAUUACAUUAGUCAUUGUUAAAGAUUGUAAUUAUGCAUUCAAAGUAUAAAAUGUCAUUAAUGCAAAAUAUUAGGAGAGUGAUAGUAUAAGUAAUUAUAAUUUCUUAUUAUUUUUAAGCCUUUGCCAUUUAUAUCAUUAUCUUCCUUGUUAUCAUAGGCUUAUUUUAUAAUUUAUGUAUUGGAAGAAAGAAAGGACUAGCAAAUAUUCCCAUGCUUAUCACUAUCAUUGAUAUGAUUCUAUGUAUCACUUGCUUAUAAAAAACGUAUUAAGAUUUUAUAUUUUAUUUAUUAGUUGUGUAGGAAAAUUCAUUAGAAAAAGAUUUGGUUUAGCAGGAGAAUCAUUUUUACCAGUUGAUGAAACCGAUGAAUCCUUUUCCUCUAGUUAGAAAUAAUUUUAUGGUUCAAUUUGA